AUGGCCCAGCGUCCCUUGACGCUGACGGAGGAACUGGAGAAACUCGAACAAUCAAUUACCCUCACGCUGCAAGAGAUUGACCACAAUUUCAGCCAGGCCCAUCGGAUCGUCACCACCAGCAUCCUUCCCAUCGUCGAACAAUACGCAGAUCACUCGAAAGAUGUCUGGGAAGGGGCCAAAUUUUGGAAACAGUUCUUCGAAGCAAGCGCCAAUGUCUCCCUAUCCGGUUACGAGGAGAAACCCGACGAAGAUACGAUGCAGGAACCGACCGUGACGGAAGAGGACUCCACAACUAACAUCACCCAAAGCAGCUACAGCGAAAGCGCUUCCUACGAAACCCCGUCUUCUGAGCGGGCUGACAGGAACCAUCAAGCCGACGACCUAGAGCUCACAUCGCUCAGCCUCUCAUCUCACAGCACCCCUCGUACGUUUCAUGAAAGGGGACAUCCAGAUAACGAUACCACCGUUACCUCGUCCAUCGCGCAUCCCUCCCCGUAUAAGGAAACCGAGCCAACCUUUGAGGGAGACGACGCCGUACUACCCUCCACACCAGGCAGGACUCCGUCCAGGCCACAGCACGAAUAUUCGCGUCACAACCCCUCGCUUGAUACCCCCAUGUCAUCUUCUCCCUUCGUUCCGCCCGUCUCCCAUAAAUCGGAAUCCGAUCCUGUGAUGCACCGUCUGCAAGACAAGACAUAUCGUAUCCAGGCCACCCCUCUCAGCAAACCCUACAGCGGGGCUAGUCGCUCCAAAUUCACAGUCACCCCGAAGCAGUCAGCGUCUAAGUUUGCAUUCGACGACUCUCCGAUUUCCAGCCCCGAGCCCGAAGCCCCUCAGCUGCACGCGGAGAUCUUCUCCUCGCCCCUCAAGGCCGCAACCCCGGGCACGAACCGAAGGAGACGCACAAGCAGCCAUCUGCGCAUCACGCCACAGCCCGGAACAAGCGUGUUGACCCCAGUGAAAAGCGGAGGCAGGAACCGACGCGUCUGGGACAGUGAUGAUGAAUAUGAUGACGACGAAGUCCUAGGCCCAAGUCCCCCGAAAACCAUGCAGUUUCAUAUUCCGCAGAGCCGUCUGAUGAGGACUCCUGCCAAGGAAGCAUCAAAGCGGAUCGUCGAGGAUCUCCUAUUCACUGCAGGUGCAAACGACACCACGGAUGACCUGCCCGACGAGCAAAGUCCCAGUGUCAUUCGGCGCGUGGAGCGACUGGAAGAUGAAACCUUUUAA